AUGGGCGUCCCUGCCGCACAGCCGAAGGCACUUGAGAACUCGGGCAUGUUCAUCAGUGGCACAAUGCACCUUGACCUGAAUGAGCAGGAGAUGUCCGUAUUGAGGGCGUCACCAGAAAACUUUUUUGUUGGCGGCGAUAGCAAAGCGGCAAGACGGAACACGGAGCUCAGCGAUGCCAAGCAGUGGAGCUGGCGCGAGAGUUGUGAGAUGGCCCGCGUAAGCUACGCGACGCUGUCGGGUGAGAAGCCAGAAGAGUCGGGGAUCAAGUCCGAGGAGUAUGCAGCGGUCGCAUCAAUCACGGCGGGGAAGCAUUUUGCCCGUCGAGUCAUGAAUGCCAGCGUGCGGAGCUGCCGACAAGGUCUGUGCACCGUGGUGGACGGUCCCAUUUACCUUGAGGAUCUGCCAGAAGUGUCUCUGGUGAGCAACGCUGGCUGCAUUACGGUGGUCGGUAUCGGCUACGCUGCGACAUCAUGGGAGCUGUACAACAUGCAUCUGGCGGCCAGCUUCGGCUUUGUCGCGGAGCUUCUCGAGGCACGCGUCCUUGCCGAGGCUGUGAGCUUUGUCAUGCUGCACGGCGAGGCUGUGAGCUUUGUCAUGCUGUAUGGGCAGUUUGCAAACUCCAAGGCCGCUAUCAAGGCCUUUCAGAUGGGCAUGGUGGCUCCCCAGGUCCUACAGAUCAUUCACAAAGUCAAAGACCUCAAAAAUCACUCAUUGGUCUGGUUUCCUGCGCACCUUGGAACCAUUGAGGGUGCCUCGCUCAAUCCCAACGAGGAGGCGCACUCGGCUGCACGAGGAUUCUUGUGCAAUGGUAAGGUGCCCCUGAUGUCGACUUGCAACGGCUUUAAUUACCCGGAGUACCCAACCCAUCUACCUCCCCUCGAUUGCAUCUCCGAGCGGCUCAUAUCGCCCAGAUUGCCGUUUAUGCAGAUCAGACGUUUGCGAAACGCCGUUGGUAACUUCGGGGUCGUGGGCCAGGUCGUCAACGUUCCGGUUGACGUCAACACCAUGGUGACCUCACUACCGAGGCACUUGCACGACGACCACGCCAUUAAUGUGCACAUAAAGCGCCAUGUGAUACACAAGUCGUCAUACUUGACCGGGAUCGUGAAGAAACGCACCGUGAAGGCUUGGCUACAAUACCUCCACACAACGCCUCUCUACAAGCAAUACAAUGUCGUUAUCGACCAAAAUUUCUUGAACGAGACUGAUGAGGUUAUAAACGGCCAUGCCACGGAUGAUAUGAUUGAAAGCUGCGAGCGUGACGCUUCCGACUACGACAUGAUGCUCGCCCAACAGCACACCAUGUUGUGGAACGAGGACAAGUAUCUCAGCUUGUGCCCCGGAGCCAAUCAAGUGCCUUUAAGUCUCCUCUUUGACGAACAUGCUGAAGAACUUUCGUUUCCCGCGAUAUACCUCGGCCAACCAAGAACAUUCACAGUGGACCGUGUGACUGCUUUCAUGAUGGCAUCCAGUGAAAUCAGGCGAAAAGAUCGCCGUGGAGCCACGCCCCAGCAUAUCUUGUACAUGGCUAUGAAAGUGCUGCGCAUUCGCAUACGAGACGGAAUGCAAGUCACCUUCCGAAGCACACGUGACACAGCCGGUAUCACAAAGCGCAUGAUUGAGGACAUUGACUUCAUCGAGACGUGCGUGAACAACAGUCUCUCAUUCCUCAGGACGAUCCCCAACUCGCUAUCCUACUGGUCAGCUAGAAAAAAGGAUGUUUUCUCCAUGAUGAGACAGCUAGGUAAACCGACUGUUUUCCUGACACUCAGCUCCUCAGAGUUUCGCUGGCCCGAUCUGCUUCACCUACUGUACCGCCUGCGAAAUGAUGGAGCGCCCUUUCACGGAGACCCUCUGAACGACAUGACAGCCUUGCAACGAACGGAGCUGGUGAACCAAGACCCUGUGACAUGCGUGCUGUAUUUCAACAAGCUCGUGGAUGUCUUCCUCGCCAUUCUGAAGCACCGCAGCGCCUCUCCGUUUGGAGAUUACAGGGUUCUGGACUUCUUCAAACGAAUCGAAUUCCAGCACAGGGGAAGUGCACAUGCCCACAUUCUCCUGUGGCUGGACAAUGAUCCCCAUGAAGAAGUCAGCGAGCACAUGCCGAACACAUGCCAUCUGAUCGACUCGCUUGUGAGCUUGGAACACAAAGACAUCCUUCCGAGACCGGACGAUCAACACCACUCGCAUACGUUCACCUGCUAUAAGAAGACUGCAUCAAAGUGUCGCUUUGGCGCCCCUUUCUGGCCAAUGACACACACACGUGUGUUGCUCCCCAUGAGCACUGACGAUGAGCGCCGCAAGCUUUACCAGGACAUCUUUCACAAUAUGCAUGACCAUCUCGAGACAAGAAGUUAUGACAGUCUCGAAGCAUUUUUAGCAGCACACGACAUGGAUGAAACUCGAUACCUCGAUGUCAUCCGGGCUGGCAUCAAGCGUCCUAUGGUAUUCUUGAAAAGGCGCAUCGAUCAGAUUUGGGUGAGCCCUUUCAAUCCCUACAUUGGUACCAAGCUCCGUUCUAACAUGGAUCUGCAGUACAUCCUAGAGGAGUACUCGUGCGCAACAUAUGUCCUUGAUUACAUAAACAAGACGAAUCGCGGUGUAAGCGACCUUCACCGCAAACUCAUUCAGCUGCGUGAACAGUAUCCCGAUGCUGACUACACCGAUACGUUGAAGAAACUGGGAAUGGACGUUCUCAAUAGUGUGGAAAUGAGCAGCCAGGAGGCAGCUUGGUACCUUCUUCGGCUUGCCAUGUCCAAGUCUAGUCGCGAUAUUGUCUUCAUUCCUACCUGCUGGUACGAUGAGCGGCAGCGUGUCAAGAAGACACGCGCGCAGCUGCGCACCCUCGAUGAUGAAGACACGAACGUUUGGAAGGAGACUUGCAUCGAAAAGUAUGAACGCAGACCGCCUCACCUUGAAGAUGUGACAUUAUCUCAGUUCUCGGCCCACUACUACAACAAGAGGGACGGCAGCUACGCUAGAAGAAGUGUGCCUCGCAUCAUAAGGUACAUUGGUUACGAUCCUGCAAAACAAAGAGACUACCAAAGAGAGAUUGUGCUGCUGAACCACCCGUUCCGAAGUGAGGUAGCCGAUAUCCUCGAUUGUGACAAGUUUGCCACCAUCUAUAAUGACAACAAAGUGCUCCUCCAUGAACGCAUGCAGGAAUUCUGCUCCAACCUAGACAUUCAAAAAACGCUCCAGAUCUGCGAGGCGCUGCACGCCGCAGAGCCAUACGAGGCGCACGAGACGUCCGCUCUUCAUGCCGGCGCUGUGAUUGCAAAACGAAACGCUGCAGAAGCCGAACUGGAACAACAUGAACUUCGCACAAAAAUGAUGCGACCUAAUAACGAUGACAUUUGCGAGGCUGCAAAAACAAAGCUUUCUGCAGUCGUGAAGAAGCGCGACAACGUGAUGUCUGCCGAAGAGUUCCGGUAUAAAUUUAGGAUGGUGAACCGCGGCCAAUAUAAGCUGCUUCUGCACUGUAUGCACUGCCUCAUUCCCUAUGGAGAGGGGCAUUCGCUACCCCCGCUACAGAUCUUCCUUACCGGACCGGCAGGCAGUGGAAAGACCUUUGUCAUGCGCCUCAUGAUGGACAUUGUCAACAGGCUGUGCACCUCUGAUGACAACACCAAUGCGUACAUUGCCUGUGCGUCAACCGGCAAGGCUGCAACAGCCAUCGAUGGCACCACCAUACACUCUGCAUUUAGGAUCGUGCAAGCUAGGCGUCAUGGACCUGGGAUGAACGUCGAUACCGUAAGCAUGUAUAGAAGCGGCAUGCGGGAUGUAGUGGCUGUGUUUGUGGAUGAGGUGAGCAUGAUCGGCGCUGACAUUCUCACUGAAGUAAACCGCCGUCUACAGCAGAUAUGCUUUCGAUUCGACGUCCCAUUCGGGGGCCUUCACAUGAUACUUUGUGGUGACCUGCGCCAGCUGCCACCCGUUCGUGCCAGGCCUAUCUACAAGAGGGACACCAAGAGCUUGGCUGGUGCCGAGACGAUAUGGCAAAUGCUCAAUUUCUACCCUUUGACUGAAGUCAUGCGUCAGAGUGAUGUCGCCUUCUCAACAGUUUUGACGAAGAUUGGUGACGGUGACCGCCUCACGCAAGAAGAGACAGAUUUCAUCGAAAGCCGCUUCGUCACUAAGUCAGAGGCAGAACAAUGCUGCCCGGAUGCCAUUCGCCUCUUCCUGAAGAACUGCGAUGUUACAGCAUACAACAACAUGGUCCUUAGUCGAAACUCCGACGUGUUUACCUCUGUAGCCAAAGACGUUAUGAUCGGCUACAAGGACGCCAAUCAGGAGGCAUCUAUGAGAUCUAAGAUUCACAAGAUGACUGUUGCAGAAACAGCUGGGCUGGCAUAUAAAGUAUCCCUUGUUCCGGAAAAGAAGUACAUGAUAACUGCGAACAUUGAUGUUGCAGACGGUCUCACGAAUGGCUCCAUGUGCACUCUUAAGCACAUUGAACUUCAAGAGGACGGCCUCCUCCACAGAGUGUGUUACGUAAACUACUUUAGUUACCACAAAGGGUUGCUCAUGGUCAUCGACGUUGGUAGUCGUGAUGGAGGAGACGUGCCACCAGGCGUCAACGUGGGUGCAUCAACGCCUAAGGGCGCUUUAGCCACAAAACACCAAUAG